ACUAACAACGAACACUUUGUAUUUACUCUUGUGUACUGUACAUUCAUUUUUUGUGCCUCCUUGUCGUUCGUUCAUCAACUGCACUUUAUGUUUCGUGAAGCAUUUUGUUGCACGUCAGCUGUAACAAAUAGACAUGCACUCGCAUUGCGUGUGUAACAGUGGCCAGAUAGUGAGAGAUUUGCAGUUAAACUACUGCACACUGAGAACUGCUAGAGAAUGUGGUGUUUAGCGUAAUUGUUAAUGCAUUCGCCUUGCAUGCCAGCAGUGAUCGGGCAGGGGUUUGAGACCGACUCGGAGGAGGGUGGUUAGGAUUGGAGUAUGAGUUUUGGAGGCAGAGCAAUGAAGAGAGUCCAUAUCAACAAUGUCCAACAGCGUUGUUCAAAAUCUACUUACCGCACCUUUAAUGCCUAAUGUCUCUAUAAUGGAUCUGUAUGACCAUGGAAUUUUUCAGAAAUCAACAUGUUUCAACUUGUUAUGUGUGUUUGUACAUGUGUGUGUGUGUGAGUGAGUGAGGCAUUCGGAGAGAGAAAGAGAAGCAGCACAGGAUGCUUUACUCCUCUUCAGAUAAGGAGCAAGGGAAAAAAAACAAAAACGAGUGAAGAAUUUGUACAGGGCAGGACUCAGCUCACUUGUAGGCAUUCAGCCCCUUCACAGUGAUUGAGGCAGACCAUGGCAGCUUUACUCAAGUGGGAUGAUCUGAUCUGUGAUAAAUAAACAGGAAAGACAUUGUGUGAUGAUCAUGAGGAAAACUCUCACUUCACAGAAUCUCAGAACAGUCUCAGAACCUUCAUGGAUAAAACAAAGCCUCAUUCUUGAGCAUCCACAAUUGCAGUCUUUGUUGUCUGAAUGAGAGGACACAUUCUUCUAGAGGGAUGACCUCUCAUCCCCCUGCUGGCCCUGGCAGUGCUGACACCAGCCCAGCAGCCGUCUUUCUCUCUCUGUCUCUUAUUGUCUUUUCUUUCUCAAAGGCCAGCAGCAGGAUAUCUGACAGAUAUACAGUGUGUAAAUGGUCGCUUCAAGGCAACGAGAGAUAUAUGGAAUAUUUCCUGAUGGAGUUGCUCAGACGUUGACUGCUGCUGGGACUAUGAAAAGGGAGGGAUAAACACCGGUAAGACAUGCCUAAGAGAAAGGACUUCCUGGCACUCGUUUUGAUUGUGUUACCAUGGACUUUACUCAUCACAUUUUGGCACCAACGUGCUGGCAACCCGUUGCUUCCAGUUCUGAAAGUUAACAGAACUGGGGCCAGUAAAGCUCACCAAAGAAGCUUUAGACAUCAUGAGUCCUGCAUCAUAAAGAACAAGCACAUCACUGAGAUCACCCGGAUUAAAUACGUCCACAGCCACUCUCCACCCUGGUCUGAUGCAUUGCCAACUCUUCAUGUAAUAACUCCAACCUACAGUAGACCCGUCCAGAAGGCAGAGUUGACCCGCCUCACUAACACUCUCCUACAUGUCCCCAAACUUCACUGGCUAGUGGUGGAGGACGCGGCACAGAGGACGGCGAUGGUGUCCAGACUGCUGGAGAACACGGGAAUGAAUUACACCCACUUGAACGUAGAGACUCCUCCAAAUCUCAAAGUGUUGAAGAAGCCCAGAAAUGCUCGUAUUCCACGUGGAACCAUGCAGAGGAACCUGGCUCUCCGCUGGCUCAGGGAGAACAUCAACUCCAGCUCGGGUCAUAAAGGAGUUGUGUAUUUUGCAGAUGAUGACAACACUUACAGCUUGGAGCUGUUUGAGGAGAUGCGUUGGACUCGUAAAGCUUCUGUCUGGCCGGUCGCCUUCGUCGGAGGUCUCCGGUACGAGUCGCCCAAAAUCAAUUCUCAAGGCAAAGUGUUCGGCUGGAGGACGGUGUUUGACCCUCAUCGACCUUUUGCCAUCGACAUGGCUGGGUUUGCAGUGAACCUUCAGCUCAUCCUCAGUAAACCUCAAGCCUACUUUAAGCUAAAAGGGGUAAAAGGCGGAUACCAGGAGAGCAGCUUGCUACAGGAUCUGGUCACUCUCAGUGACCUGGAACCCAAAGCCUCUAACUGCACAAAGGUACUGGUUUGGCACACCCGGACAGAAAGACCCUUGCUUGUGAAUGAAGGAAAAAAGGGAUUUACAAAUGCCAGCGUGGAAGUAUGAUGAACUGCUGUCAUGCAUUUUUUUUAAUACUGAAGUAUCCUGUCAAAACUGGAUUAGCAGCAAGCAAGAAAGAAAGAAUUAUUCAGCACACUGAAUUUAAACUGUCCCCUUGUCAAAGACAGACUCGAGUAUUUGACUAAGACACUCUCACUAAAGGGCAACUCUCAAUUAAAAGGGAUUUAAUGGAAAUGUAAAGAGUCAAACUCUUGAAAGUUUCACAACAAUUUAUUUCCCAUGACUUUUGCACAGAUUUUUGCCCUGUUUGCAGUCUGGAGUAGUCUAACUGCCAAAAGUCAGAGCCAGUCUACCAAUUUUAGGCAGUUAGAAUUGACAGAUUUUUCAGAAACUUGCAUGGUGGCCACCAACUCUGAUUUUUUAGCUUGAGACUAUAGAUGCAUCCCAAUUCACGUACUUAUGCACUAUUCUAUGACGUUUUUAAGUACAAAUAGUGCAAGUAGUGUGUUCACACUGAAAAUUCCAAAAAGAAAAAGUGCACUUUAAAUACCCGGAUGAUGCACUAAAUUAAUGGAAAAAACUAAGUGUGGAAUGUUGGACACUUCAUGCACUCAACUGUCGCAGAUUUAAUUACAUAGCGGAGGGGGAGGGACUCCAUUGUUAAAUGACAAAAUAACCUUUUACAAUUCACGCACUACAUGAAUGAGUACAUAGUAUAUAGUGUGUCAUUUGGGAUGCAACUUAUGAUUCAUUCCAUUUGGAAGAUAUCAAACAUGUUCGAUAUUUUGAGCCUAUUUUAGAAUGGAUAUUGUUUUCAUUUGUCACAAAUCUCCUAGCAACAAGGCACAUGUUUCUUUGUGAGUUUGCUGUGUUGGAACCAUAGAUAUAUAAACAUAGCUGCCUCAUUAGUAGCUGUUUCUAUGGGCCACUGUAUUUAAGCAGUCCGCCAUAUUGGAACGGUCAAAACACCGGUCCAUGAACAAUCGAGAGCAAAUUGACUGUUCAUCUGGAACCAUAGUUAGAUGCAUGUAUGAAUAUCUAUAUCUGAAAUAGACUUCAGCAGAUGAUUUUGCUAACCUAACACAAUACAACAAAACGAACGCAUCAGCUAGCACAACAUUAAAAAGUUAUCAUAGUAUAAAAACCUGUAAUAUUGAGUUAUUAUUACAUAUAAAAACACAAACCAACACAUUCGCACCUGUGAAAUUUUAUUUCAUUUCUUAUGGAAUUCAGACGCUGAACAAUGUUGUGGCAUCAUUGAUUCUUACUGUGAGUGAUGACACCCUGACCGUUCCAGGAUGGCAGGCUGAUGUGUCUGGAGUGGUUGAAUGUGGCAUCUGUGUAUAGUUGGAACGACUUGACAAUCUGGUAGUUUGUGUGAUCUUGCAAGUGUAUGAUGUCCUGUUUUUCUCUGUGAUCAUUAAUAAAUUUUGCAAAAUGUA